AUUAGUUAAAAGAAUGAAAUUGGUUGAUAUUAUGACAAUACUAGGUAGCAUAGAUAUCAUUAUGGGAGAAGUUGAUCGUUGAAAUGAUAAUUGAUACAACGAAAGUCCAAGAUAUAAACUCCUUCUCCAGAUUGGAAUCUUUCAAAGAGGUAUAUGGAAUUCUAUGGAUACUUGUACCAAUUUUGAUUCUUGUCUUGGGAAUCUCACUAAGUGUACUAGCAAUUAUAUGGUUAGAAAGAGAAAUAUUUGCAGGGGUACAACAACGUAUUGGACCUGAAUAUGCUGGUCCUUUUGGAAUUCUUCAAGCUCUGGCAGACGAAACAAAACUACUAUUCAAAGAGAAUCUUAUUCCAUCUAGGGGAGAUAUUCGUUUAUUCAGUAUCGAACCAUCCCUAUCAGUCAUAUCCAUUCUAAUAAGUUAUUCAAUAAUUCCCUUUGACUAUAACUUUGUUUUAUCUGAUUUAAAUAUAAGUGUUUUUUUAUGGAUUUCUAUUUCGAGUAUUGCUCCCAUUGGACUUCUUAUGUCAGGAUAUGGCUCAAAUAAUAAAUAUUCCUUUUCGGGUGGUCUAUAA